AUGUAUUCAUUAACUAUUUCAUUGGAUAUAGCUCAAAAAUUGUUAGUUCAAUAUGGUCAUACGACAAUAUUUCUACUUGGUACCAUUGAUUCUUUAAUAAAUAUAAUUCUUUUUCUACAACGUCAAUUACGAUCAAAUUCAUGUUGUAUUUAUUUAUUAUCAUCAUCAAUAAGGGCAUUAAUAUUACUUUCAAUAGGAAUUAUACCACAAAUUUAUGCUCUUUAUAAUUUUGCAAAUCCAUUUACUACAAUUUCAAGUUUUUGUAAAGCUCGAUCUUAUUUAAAUCAAACAAGUGCUAUGUCAUGUCGUUGGCUUUUAGUUAUGGCUUGCAUAGAUCGUUGUUUUUCAUGUUUAACUUAUGUUCGUAUUCGAAAUCCAUCUUCUGUAACUACGGCUCGAAUAAUAAUUAUCAUUAUUAAUGUUAUUUGGUUCAUAUUGCCAGCUCAUACGUUUAUGUCCACUAAUAUUCAACAUCCAAGAAAUAUAGCUUGUAUAUUCACUGACAAGAAUGUUGAAAUUGAUCAUGAGUUUUAUACUAUUAUAAUGGAUGGUGCAUUGCCAUCUGUAAUUGCUUUUGUAUAUUGUUUAUUUAUAUGGCAACAUUUUCAAGCUAGAAAAAAACGUCAAAUAACAAUUCCAAAUAAUGAAGUCGAUAGACGAAAGAAAUUACGAGAUCAACAAAUAAUAUUUAUAUUAUUAAUACAAGUAGCAAUUUUUAUUGUGUCAACAAUACCAUUCAUGACAUUUAAUAUUUAUAAGGCAAUGACACAAUAUGAUGUGAGCAAAUCAGCAGAUCGUAAAGCUAUUGAAGUAUUUUUGAGAAGUUUAACUGAAUUGCUUGUGUAUUUGAUAACAACGUCAUUUUGUUGUUAUACAUUAGUAUCACGUACAUUUAGAACAGAAUUAAUUAAAUUAUUCCAAAUUCUAAUUAUUUGUGAUCGACAAAAGAAUCGUCUAAGAAUUAAUCCAUCGAAUAAUACUAUAACUAAAACAACAGUAAUCCCAAUGACAGUAAUGAGAAAAGCUAUAUAA